UUCUGACAUGAACUUUAGCUGCAUUUUAUAUAUGAAAUGUGCUAUGUACAAAUAAAAUGUUUAUUAUUAGAGUUGCUUUGUCACAGUCACAUUUUUUGUUUGUUUAAUUUUACGUUAAAUGUCCUUUAUUUGCAAUGAUUACAAAUGCCAGAAUUCUGUGUUUACUGAUAAAAACAGAGUGGUUAGAUCAUUUCUGACAGGGCUUCCCUAGGGGAUGGAGAUGGAACUGCAGGGAGUUUGUGAGACUAUGGAAAUGCCAGUUCUGAAUUAUAUAAAUAAAAACAUAUCUAAUGAUAAUAAAUAGAUAAAUGCAACACAUGUAGAAUAUUGCAAUAACAUACAUUAUCAUUCAAAAGUUUGGGGUCAGUAAGAUUUUUAUUAAUACUUUUGUUCAGCAAGGAAACAUUAAAUUGAUCAAGACAUUUAUGUAACAAAACAUUUCUAUUUCAAAUGUAUUAAGCAGCACAACAUUGAUAAUAAUUAGAAAUGUUUCUUAAGCAGCAAAUCAUCAUAUUAGACUGAUUUCUGAAGGAUCAUGUGACACUGAAGACUGGAGUAAUGAUGCUGAAAAUUCAGCUUUGAUCACAGGAAUAAAUUACAUUAUAAAAUAUUCAAAUAGAAAAUGGUUAUUAUAAAUUGUAAUAAUAUUUCACAAUAUUCUGUAUUUUUGAUCAAAUGAAUGCAGGCUUGGUGAGCAUAAGAGAAUUAUGACAUUAAAAAAUCUUACCGACUUCAAAUAUUUAAGGGUAUUUUGCAAUUGAACAUGCAAAGGUUUUGUAAAAUCCAUUAGAUUUACAUUGCAUUUACAUUUUGAAAUGUUAACAUUAUUUAAAAUAAUAGGAGUUACUUUAAGUAAUUCAUUUAGCUCAAAGGGGUUCGUCCGAAAAGAAAAAUCUAGAAUAUAUAAGAGCAUUAAUAAAUAUUCAUCUUUAGCAUGUUUAUUUUUUAAAGUGUGUAAAUGGCUUUUUCCCGCUACUUUUUCCAUUAUGUGAAAAUAUUAAAAAUUAGUGACUAAAUUCAUAAUGUUCAAAGGAUAUCUAUAUGUUUAUACUAUAUAUUUACCAAAUUAUUCUGGGGCACAAAACAAGGGGCAUUUUAAAAACAUUUACAGCACACUGCAAACAUUUGAAUAAUUAAAUUUUUUUAUUAGUGUAAGUUCUUGACAUGCAGUGACCUCCCCUGCUGUCAAUCAUUCUUUUUAAUGCAUUCACCGAGCCACAACAAGAGCAUCAUAAUGGAACGGGGCCAAGACCGCCACAUCUCGCCCUGCGCAUGACACCAUCUCAGAUCCGUGUCGGCCCUUAACAUGUGACUCGUGUGUAUCCAGGUCUGAGUGUUCAGGCCUGGGUGCAGAGAUUGGCCCGGCGGGGAUAGUGUGGCGUUUGCACUUCUCCAGCUGUAUAGAUUUAACCCCUCCUUUGUCAGCUGGACAAUGGCAGGCCCCUCCCUCGCUGCUGAGCCGGGGUUUUUAAUGGGCCCUUUGCCAGGGGAGGCUUUAAAAGGGUGGAUGCACAUGCCCAGCUUUCACUCUCAGAUCAGGACGUCCCAAGGGCAUCGAAGCGAGCAGACGAGAUGACUCACCAUUGCACCAAGUUCUCUGGCCAUUGGAAGAUCAUUGUGUACGACGAGGAGUGCUUCCAGGGUCGUCACCAUGAGUUCACCUCAGAGUGCUGCAAUGUCAUGGAGUUCGGUUUCGAAUCCGUGCGCUCAUUGAGAGUGGAGAGCGGAGCGUGGGUGGGCUACGAGCAUGCCUCUUACCAGGGUCACCAGUUUGUGCUGGAGCGCGGAGAGUACCCUCAGUGCGAUGCCUUUGGGGGAAGCAAUGCUUACCACAUCGAGAGAAUGACCUCCUUUAGACCCAUUUCCUGUGCUAACCACAGGGAGUGCAGAAUGACCAUCUAUGAAAGGGAGAACUUCCUGGGCCGCAAGGGAGAGCUCAGUGACGAUUACCCUUCUCUUCAGGCUAUGGGAUGGUGCAACAACGAAGUGGGUUCUUUCCGUGUUCAGUCCGGAGCGUUUGUGUGCUACCAGUUCCCUGGUUAUCGUGGAUACCAGUAUAUCAUGGAGUGUGACCGCCACUGUGGGGAGUACAAACACUUCAAGGAGUUUGGUUCCCAUUGCCAGACCCCUCAGAUCCAGUCCAUCCGCCGUAUCCAGCAGUAACGGAUUUCUCCUUGCAAAAACUCUCAUGCCCCUUUCUGCCCGAUGCUAAAUAAACUGUCUUUCUUAAACCUCACUGACCUCCUGUUAUAGAUCUGUGUCCAAAAAAAGAAGAGGAAGAAGAAAAAAAGAGUGCAUUUACUGAAACCUCAAAGCAACAGUGAGGGAUUUUGGACACUUUGAAAAAAUAAAAAAAAUAAAUAAACGGUGUGCCUUUUAUUACAAAUUGUUUGAAACUGGUUUUGUGAAGAAUUAUUUUUUUAGUCACAUCUGUGCCUUUAAUCAUGGAAGGAAACAGAAUGCACUUUCACCCUUUUUCCGCCAGAGGGAGCAAUAAACCUACAAGCCAAAAAAUGUAAUAAAAAAUAAUCAGGUUUAUUGAGAAACUAAAUAUAUUUACCACUCUCUUUGGAGAAUAACAGUCCAUAACAUGGCUUAACUUGUACCUUAACGUGACUAAGUUUAAAUGCCAUUGUUUGUCAGAUUUAAUCAUAUUACCAAGAACUGAAAUAAGACACCCAAAUAAAAAAACAAACAAAAAACAGCGCUAUGCUUUUUUUUCUAGAUGAGGUGUUGAUAAAAGAGGUGGGAUGCGCUUACACAACGAUUUUAUUUAGAUAACAUGGCGCAGCCAGCAAAACACACUAGACUCUCCUACUACGAUGUAGCCGUGGCUUAUAAAUAUUAAUUACGUAAUGUGACGUGCGCCAGUAGGCCCAACUGAUUCGCUGAAAGGUGAGUGGGCGCUAUUCAGACGACGAAUUAAAAAGUCCUUUUAUGGGGAAGGCUUGACUUGUGAAUAUUUAUGAGGUAACGUGACUGGGCGCUUCAGGAAGGUUACUAAGCAACGUCAGCAGGAUCUAUUUAAUAUGCAUAACUGAAGCCUUCGCCAUAGUAGUUUUGCGUGCUUCGUUUUUCACGCUUUUAUUUAAAGAGAGAGAGAGAAUAUACACUGCGUAAAUUAAAAGUCGAGGGAAAUAAAACAAAAGUGUAUUAAAACAAUAAUACAUUUUACACAAAAGCCAUGAUGAAAAUGUAAAUGUAAACACAGUGAAAAUGAAUACAGAUUCAAUACUAUACAGCCCAGAGUCUUCUAUUGGGUAAUUUCGCGUCCUGCUUCACUGGAGUUCAGCUCCGCCUCUUCACAACGCUCCAGUUCCUUGUUUUGCAACACCAACGCCGGGUUUUGCAUCGAACCUGCCGCUGGGAGGAAGUGCAGCUCUCAGAAGAGCCUGAAUUUCACUUCACGACGCGCCGUGGGGCUCAGCUCACACACAAGCACUAAAACAAGAAAAUAGUCGUCUAUUCCCAUCUGGAUUAACCACUGGGAAACCUCAAGAAGCACUCUUUCCCGGAGGGUCUGAGUGGAAUCGGACUGGAGUAUUUUAUGUGGACGAAUAUUGUGUUUUUGUUGAGCGAUGUCGGAAGAGAUGAAGACUUGGAUCUGCGACCCAAACACGGAUGGAAAAGAAAAGAGUGAUUUCUUUCGUCAGUAACACUGAAAAUUUAAAAUCAGCUCUCUUUUUGGAUGAAAGUACAUUUAAAACCACAGAACGAGGCGUAUUGGGGUUAAAAGUCACGUCGUGUUGAUGUUGUUUUUUCUCUCGAAACUCGUAGUUUCGUCCAUAUAAGCUUGAGUUUGAGACGCACAGCCAUGCAUAUGAAGUUCCGCAAGAUCUAGCGCAGAGAUUUCAGGGUGAACUUCUUAUUUUUUUGUUUUUAUUUACGAAAAAUAAAACAGUAGCUGUGUUUUCUAUAUAUAUUCCUGCCUUGCCGUUUCAUCGGACCACGUUUUGCGACACCAUCGCGACUUUUUUUUUUUUUUUUUUUUUAGAAAAAGGAAACUCGGAUUGCUUUCGUUCACAUUUGCUUAUUUCCUUUUCUAGCGCCCCCCCUCUCAUCUGUAGGUUACAGUAGAGCAACAUCUCAGCCGUUUUUGCUCAGAGCACACCUCUCAUUAUAUAAAUAAAUCGACGAGCAAGCAAAUCCAGUUAAGGAGGAAAAACGGUCUGCAUUGCACUGCACAAGGCAAUGGACUUGCCACAUCAAAACCCAAGUAGUUUAAUUUCAGCUCUUUAAUUGGCUUGUGAGAUCAAGCUUUGGAUCAGCAAGAGGAGUGACAGGCAAAAAUGGGGAUUAGUUUGUGAUAUUACCUGGAUAUUUACAUAUAUGCAUAUGCUGUUUAGACCUUGAAUGUUUUGUUUUGUUUCGCAUUUGUGGAUAUUCAGGAAACAAUCCAGCCCGUGUCGCACCAAUAGCCAUUAUUUAUGUUUCUCCAACCAUUGGGCUUCAGAUUUCCACCAUCUUUCCGCCUUUUAAGAAGAGGAGGAUACAUAUUACCCUUAUUGUUAUUAUUAUUAUGUGCGGUCCGUUUGUAUGCUGUCAGCUGGUAAAUGUGAUUAAACAGGGAAAUAUUGGCGCAUAA